AUGUCUCAAGUCCCAGUGUUUAGUAACGAAAUAUGGCUCUUGAUCAUGGAGAUUCUUGACCAGACUUCACUAAAGGCUCUCGCAGAGGUGUCCAAAGACAUGCAUGCUCUCAGCAUGCCCAUCCUAUACUCGAAGAUCGAUCUUAGCAUCCAUCACACUGUUCCUCAAGUCGUUCUGCAAGACCAGCAGAAUGUAACUCGAUGGCCGAUAGAUAUUUCAAAAAUAUUUGGCCAGCAGACCUUGUUCAUGCAACGAAUUCUCGACCGACCGGAGCUAGCGUUGCGAGUGCGGUCCUUUACAUGGACCAUGGGCCUACAUCAGCUAUGCGAGUCACCUACAUGGGCCCAUAAAAGCACGCUUAUUCACAAACUUGACAACAUCUAUACCUUAUUUCAAUCUCUACGCCACGUCAUUCGCAUAGACAUCAGUGGAGGCGAGUUUCAUGACUAUUCCCCUCCAUCGCCCCAAGAUAUCUUCUUUCCUGACGCUACUCAUAUUCGCCUAAGUGGGCAGAUGCAUUAUGCCCUCGCUUCGGCAAUACUCUACGGCCCGAACAAAGUGCCAUUGCAAAGCCUAGCCCUUUGCAAUCUUUUAGAAAGAGGUCGCCUCAAAUCAGGCGACAACUUUCAGCCGCAAUACGACCCUCGCUAUAAGUAUAUGCCACGAAUACUGCCACUAGAGGAAAUUUGGCCCGAGGAUGGUGGUCCUCCCGAGCAGAUAGAACCUGGUCAUAUGACCCACCUGCUAGGUCCCGCGCUCCAAUCCCGGUGUUCUUCUUCUCUUCGUCGAUUCACCUUCGGGGUGCUCGAUCUCACACCGGAGUUCAGCCACGGAAUGCUUCCUCCUGGGUGGCGCGUUCGCACGUCAGUUAUCCACGAAGAGUUGACGAAUUUCUUCCGGAACGUACACCCACAGAAGGUGGAGAUAAUUUAUUCUAAACUAUCUCCCGAGAGAAGAGCGGAGCUCGAAUCCCUUUACUACCGGCCGAAAUGUGUUAUACGCCAACGGCCUCCGUCCCGUUCCCAACACGUUUUCCUUCAAACGUUGUUCGAGGGGUGGCCAGGGCUGGAAGCGUUAAUGCUCUAUGGGGGGCAACUAGGCCCUGCCUCUCCAAUUAGACCGGCGGAUCCUCUUCCAUCAGCUGUAGGUUGUGUGAAUUUGGAAAGUGUUCGAGUAAGCUUUGAACCUUUGGACUGGGUGGUUUACCAAGGCCAGAUUCGCACUCCCAGUCAAUAG